GGGGGGGAGAGAGGUUGGAACGAAGCGAGGAAUUAUCAUCAUGUGGUAAUCGAGAGGAAUCGAGAGGCGUUCGAUCGUCGUUCAGGAAUUCAGGUAUGCAUUACAACGCCCAAGGGAUUUUGGAAGACUCGUAUCUGCGGCAACGACAACAGCAAGAACAUCAUCAUCAUCAUCAUCAGCAACAGCAGCGACAACAGCAGCACACCGGUUACGACGUUCGGCGAAAGAUUCGCGAUCGAAGUUGUUCGCCGGGGUCGGAUGAAGUGCGGUCACCUGGUUCCGAAGUGAGGGGAGGAGAGGGUGUCGGAUCACCGGAAAAUAUACGUUUGAUCGAAAACGGCUCUCCUUCGGAGCUCGAAGACGAAUCGCGAAUGUCGAGGUAUCGCGAGGAAAAUGAGGGGAAAAAACCUUCGUUCUCGAAGCAGGAAAACGAGCCGGCCAGUUUUUUUCGGGACCCGAGCGAAGACACGAGUGUGAAGUGUUCCUUCACCGAGGAGAUGGUGUCCGCGGCUCGUUACGGGGAGCCGGAUAACUCGCCCGGCAGGAUCUCCCCGCAAGAGUACGCGGUUCACUCGACCGUCGAGAGCAGGCGUCACAGUUCCUUCGGUAAGACAUCUUUCUGCAUCGACGCGCUCCUCGGCCGUGCGAGCGGAAAACAGCAGGAGAGCAAUCUCGACCACGAGCGAUCCGAACGAGCGAAUCAAAGAUUGUUAUUCGGGGCGACGAGAAAUUCCCUCGUCGAAGCGAAUUCUUGCCUGGCCAACUCCAUAAUCGGUGACCGGGAAUCAUCCUCCUCCGCUCUCGGUGGUAUAAGCGGUGCAGGCGAGAUCGAAACUGGAAGCGGAGUUGGGAUCGGGAUUGGAAAUGGAAGCACGCUUAUCGGUACCUCCUCCGUCAGAACGGAGGAUCAAAGAGCAUCGUCUCUCGGCAAUCUUUUGAGCAACCCGUUCGACAGAUCCGUCGUGCAGCACGAUCUCUCCUCGCCGUCCAACCUGCAAGUUAUUCGCGAGGGGAGCAGCGACAGACAAGAUAUUCGUGAACGGCCCGGCCAUUUGUCGUCCGGUAUCCGCGUCGAGUCCGUCGAGGAGUCGAAGGCAGCUUUCAAAGGGGGGGAGAGCGGGGGCAACGGAGGAUUUCGCGUCGAUCGUUUCGAAAACAUCGAGGACGAGGCUUCGAUCGAGGUUGAUCCUACGAGAACCGGAAGCGCGAUCGGGGGGAGCAACGCGAGCCACAGUCCCAUCUCGAGCCCUCCGAUCUCGCCAGGAUCGGAGGAGCCCAGCGGCAACGCUAUACCUGGUAAUCCGAAUUUACCUAGUGGUCAUUAUGGCGCGCUUGGCAGUGGUGCAGGGGUGACCCGACAGAAUCAAGCGCUUCUCUUACAUCCGAGUGGUCCCCUCAUACAUCCCGGAGGAUUAUAUUAUCAUCCUGCGGGUGGUAGCGCGUUUCAUUCGAUACACAAGGAAGGACAACCCGUCGGACAUUCGCAGAGUGCCGGUGCUCAUCCUCAGCAGCAUCACAUCCAUCCACUCCAACUCGAGUGGCUGGCUAGGACUGGAAUGUUAUAUCCCAGAUUACCCGCCGAUUUAGCCGGUUGCGCAGCCCAACAUGCCCUCCUUGGAAAAACCAGAAGGCCGAGGACCGCUUUCACGUCGCAACAGUUACUCGAAUUGGAGAAACAAUUUAGACAGAACAAGUACCUAAGCAGACCGAAGAGAUUCGAAGUGGCAACCUCGUUAAUGCUUACGGAAACACAGGUGAAAAUCUGGUUUCAAAAUCGUCGGAUGAAAUGGAAAAGGAGUAAAAAGGCGCAACAAGAGGCGCGGGCGAGCAAUAAGGUGGAGGAUGGCGGAAAUGUGAGAGGCAGCGAGAGAGAAACGGGGAAUGAUCCGAAUCCAAAUUCCUCGCCGAGCCCGCAGGAGGAGAGUACGAAAGGAACGUUACAGGAAACGCAAAGAAAUACGACCGAGCUUCAAGAGCCACUUUAUCGACCGUACGUGGUAUAAAACGAAAGUAAUAAUUGACGUAAUGAUGUGCCAAAAUAAGAACUAAAGAUAACCAAGAUAAGUUGCCAUUUUCGCGUCAUUUUCUCGAUCGA